UUCAGCGAGGGUGUUCAACUGCGAAGAGUCUUCAAGCCAAGCUGAAGAUACCACUUAAUAUCGGGAAAUCGACCGUGAACGUUUCUUUUUAAUAAUAAGUGAACCGGGAAUUUUAUCCAAAUGAGAGUGUGAAAAGAUAUUAACGAAAUGGCAUAUGUGUCCGUGUGGUAUUGGGAAUACACACUGGUUUUCCCAAUUAGUUUAAUUAUAGUUCUAUUUUUCUAUUUCUGCUGUCGUAUUAUUUGCAUAAAAGAAGCAGCAAGUGAGCGCAAUCGAAGUAGACAAAACCAACGCAACCGGCCAAAUCAAGGAACAAACAAUACACAAGUGUAUACAAUAACCGCAGUUGUCGUGCCCGAUCAACAACAUCCCCCCGGCUAUAAAACUCCCAAUCCUGUUGAUGACCUUCCUCCUUCGUACGAUGAAGCUUUAAUUCUCGCCAGCCCUGAAGGAAAGUCACAGCAGGAAAGUGAACAGCAAAACCAGCAACAACGACAACAGCAGCAACAGCAGCAACAGCAACAACAGCAACAACAGCAACAACAGCAGCAACAGCAACAACAGCAACAACAGCAACAAUAGCAGCAACAGCAACAACAGCAACAGUAGCAACAACAAUGGCAAACACCAAGAACAACGUGAUGAAAGAGGGGGAAAAAACCCCAAAGUUUAAUUAACUUGAUUUCAGUGGUGUGCCCGUGUGGAUGUGAUAAUUAGAUUUUUUUCAUUGUUUGGGUUUUGACACUGCUUGGAAAACACAACAAUGAAGACACAUUUUAAUUGAUAGAGAUCGAAGUGUAUGUUUGUACCAUACAUUGAACGAUUGUUUCCAAUACGUUGUUGACGUGUGUAUAUUCGUCGAAAAUAGUUGAUUAUUCAUUUAAAAUAUUAAUAGAUUAUAGUUUUAGCACUGUCAUCAAAUUCGACGACAAAGGAAAGCUUUUUUUGAUUGAGUGAGCGUGAGUGUGUCGUUAAAAUAUAUUGGGCUGUGAAAUGCCAUAUAUAAGGAACAUAUUUAAAUUAAUGGUUUAAUUUAUUAAUUCAUUUGUGAAGAAAAACAUUUCCAUUGUUUGCAUUCAUAUCAGUCACCAUAUUUCAUAUCACCGUUGUGCAGAAACGUAACGGAGCGCAUUUUCGUUAUUUUGAAACAUUUGUAAUUUCUUACAAACGUGUAAAUAAACUGGGCAGAAUCUAGUGAUCACACAUGGGUUUAUAAGAUAUUUUUUGAACUCGUUAAUACUAGUACCACUGCCGAAAUAUUCACUCCACACUUAAGUGUCAUCCAACAGCGAAAUGUAUAUUCAAGUAAAAAGAAAUUUAAAUUAGAAUAAAAUGAGAAAAAUAUGGACAGCC